AUGUCAAUAGUUCCGUAUAAUUCAAGCAACGAAAUAGUCUAUCACGAUCCGAACCACGGUAUUUUAGUGCUCCAUGAUAAUCAGGAUAAUACGCUUCAAUUAGUCUCAACUGCAAACGAGGGUCAGAAUAAUAAAAUAGAUCUAGUUCGUAGUGAAGAUCGCAGUAGCGGAACAAGGUAUGGAAAUAACAACCCCCAUAGUCAUAUAAAAUGUCCGAGUUGUGGGUUUGCAUGGUCUGAACAUUCGAAUAUUGGCGAAACGUCUAAGAGAAGUAAAAGUGAUGCACUGAAUGAACUAAUGGACUCAUUGAAAUCGGGUCCUGAUAGUAGGAAGGCCAUGAUGAAGAAUUUCCCAGAAGGUUUUAUGCAUCAUGAUUAUUUUAAGUUGUUAGGAAAGCUACCUUAUAAUCAAAAACCUAGGGUCAGAUCAGCCUCUACUCUACCAGAAAAUAUAUUCAACCAAGGUUAUUUCAAAAGAUUUUUCAAAAAAGUUCCCCCAUUUAUGCUUGGAUCUGGUGCCCAUUCGCAGGUAUAUAAAGUGGUUCAUGUAUUGAAUGAUAUAAAGCUUGGAACGUAUGCAGUAAAAAGAAUUAGCAUAGGAGAUAAGAUUGAACUACUAGAACAAGUUUUAAAUGAAGUACUUAUUUUAUACGAGCUAUCCAUACAAGGAGCUAAUGAGAAUAAUUUAAUAAGGUAUAAUCAUGUUUGGUUAGAGUUGGGUGAUAUCCAAGACCUGAAGACUUACUUCUUGCCAGAUAAACAAAAAAAUUCAGAAUUUGAUAAUAGUAUCCCUUAUGUCUUCAUUCUUCAGCAAUAUUGUGAUGGCGGGCAUUUAGAAGACCUUAUAGAAAAAGUAUUCUUACGUGAAUUGCAUUUAAGUGCUAAAGAGCAACUUGAUUUGGAACGACAACGCCGUAGAUCGGUACGUAAAAAUUCUAAUCAGAAACUUGAAGAUAUGGAUCCAGAAAGUAAGGAAAAUAAGAAAUUUUGGUUAGGAUGUAUUGAAAUUUGGAAAUUUUUUAGGGAUGUUGCAAAAGGUGUGCAUUAUUUGCAUUUGCACGGAAUCCUUCAUCGUGAUCUCAAACCAUCCAAUUGUUUAUUGGAUAACAAGUAUGAUAAUAAUCCUAUUGAUAAUCGGAUUUAUGGGUGCGAAAAUGAAUUAAACGGAGAGCUUUCAAAAUUGCCAAAGGUCUUGGUAUCUGAUUUUGGGGAAGGCCAAUUUAUUAAUAAGCAUAACAUUCCAGCGGAUGAUGUAUCCAUUAAAGACGUGAAUAAAGAUGAAGACGAACGUCGUGGAAACACAGGUACUCUUGAAUUCACAGCACCAGAACUUUGGUUAUUUUCUAAUUUUGAUCCGUCUCUUGGUAGUGAACGACAAUAUUUUAUAAACGAAUUCACUUAUGAGAGUGAUAUCUAUUCGUUAGGAUUAAUAUUGUGCUGGUUAUGUGCUGGAAUACUACCUUUUUCACAUAUGAUUAAAGGUGAGUUAGACCCACAGCUCAUCAGGGACAAAAUUCUCGAAUGGUACUUUGACCUAAAUGCUACCAAAUUCCACGAAUGGUUUGUGUCAUCUGUCCAAAUCAAACCAGGAACUAAUGAGUUUGAUGAAAGCUGCGUGAGUGAUUUUGAAAAGCUAAUAUACUUAAUGAUAAAAGGUGAUGAUUCUAAAGAACCGGAGAAUUCACCACCAAACCGAUUAUUGUCAGGCGAUGUGAUAAAAUUCUUGGAAGCCAUGAAAUGGAAAAGAUUUAUAGCCGAAAAUGAGAUAAUUCAAGACAAUCCUGAAGAAGAAACAAACAAAUUCGGUCUAAUUCCUGCAAUAAAUCCAUCUCAACCUGAAGAGGCCAUUGAUCCAGAUUUUAUAUAUCAAUCUGACGACAUUACCUCAGAGGACGAUGACGUACAUGAUAUAGCCAGUUCCGAAUAUGACGAUGAUUAUUCCGUACAAGUACCCACUAGAGAUGCUUUUAUAUCAUCUGCUGUCACUAAGUCAAAUAUCUUCAACUUUUGCAUGAUCUUAGGCUACAUGCUAAACAUUUUGCUUUUCGAUAUCAUUGAGUAUAAUAUUUUUUAUACCUACAAAUUGAUGGUCAAAAUUUUAGUUUUAGUUUUGUUUUCUACGGAUUUACUAUUAUUGGAGUCUAAAUUUGCAAGGGUAUCCUGUUUGAUAUUAGCAUUCAGUUUAUCAAUGGCCUUAGCUAUAUAA